AUGGCACACGUGGGUGAGGAGAGCCUGUUCACUCAUCUCAACAUGAUAAGGCUCGCAUCCACAUGCCGACUUCAAGGUAAAUGGGACAGAGCCGAACAGGUUGAAGCACGAGUGUUAGAGAUAAGCUUAAGGAGAUAUGGACCCGAGCAUCCACACGCGCUCAUCAGUAUGACGAACCAAGCAGCAACCUAUCGGAAUCUCAAACGUCUCGAGGAGGCUGAGGCUAUGAUCUUGCAGGCGAUAGAGACCAGCAAAAGGCUUUUUGGGCCCGAACGUCCUCGCACACUGGCAUCUGUCGGGAACCUAGCCCUAAUCCGUCAUGAUCAAGGCCGUUUAGACGAAGCCGAGACCCUUGAAGUUGAAGUGGUUACGCUUCGAGAAAGGGUACUAGGGGCAGAUCACCCAGAGACAAUCUCAGCCGUCGCUAACUUGGCAACAACAUACCUGUCACUACAUCGCUUUCGCGAGGCAGAGGAUAUGGGCACACAGGCAAGACUGCAAGCGAACCGGUUCUGGGCGCAGAACACCCGUUGA